CUUUAGUCGACAAGUCAUGCCUCUUACAGACACACCUCUUACUUAACAAACACAUUAACUGGGUGGCGAUGAUAUGUCAAUACGACCAAACUCAAUUAUAAAACUAACAAAAAAAGUAAAGGGAACAAAAGAGAGAUUUGGCUCGCUUGAUCUUCAACUGGAUGACGAUGAUGGUGAAGCUUCGCAAUCUUGUUAUUUUCUUCAUGCUCCUCACCAUCGCCGCUCAUAUCCUUCUCUACACCGAUCAUGCCGCCUCCUUUAACAAAACUCCUCCUUUUUGAAUCUCCGACAGUGUUCAGUGGAGGAGGAAAAAAGUCGUGGUCUAUUCCAUCGAUAAGAUUUCACGACAGCAAGGUACAACACCGUUCCACUAGCCAUGCAAAACAUCUGGUCAUGUGCCGGAAACAACCUAGGAUUGCCAUUGGACGACUUAUCAUGCUUCGUGUACUCUGGUAUGUAUAUGUGAUGAAUGCAACAACGAGUCAUUCCAAGGCCGGUGUGUUAUUUGCGAUGGGUUGGGAUCUCAGACGCUUAUUACUGCAAAGAGUGUACACUUGGCCUCUCUUUUCAUAUGUGGUUCACUUUGGAUAGGAGGGGAUUACCAGUUGGACUCUCGUCAUCUCACUCAUACCCCCCACAAGAAUACUUCACUUAGGUGAACUUUGAUUUCUUUCUACACUCUCAAUGAUGUGAAUGAUGUCUUCGGUCUCAUCGUUACUCCUUCAUGCCAAUUUUUAUGUAAUGGAAUAGUUAAGUGUCGUUGUAGAGAUUGAAGCCAAUUUUUUUUUUUUUUUUGUAUUUUGAAAUAUUC